GUACAAAACAGAGAAAAGGCGCGGGAAGAUGGCGCGAGGUGGCGAGGCCGCGGAGUCUCGGGAGGAGCCGCCGCAGCCGCCGCCGCAGCCGCCGCCGCAGCUCCACGAGCUACUGCUCGGGCCGCCCGCAGAGCAGCAGCGCGCCGAGAGGCUCUGCAGCGCCAUCGCGCAGAGGGGAGUGGCGGCUCUUGGGAGCCUGAGCGGCAUGGACCACGCGCAGCUGGUGGCGCUGUACCGAGCCCACGUGCUGCCGCUGCCCCAGAGGGAGCUGAGAGGAGACUCUAACUGGGCCCAGCGAGUGAUCCAGAGGGGCGGCACGCGGGCGGCUCAAUCGCACGCGACGGCGCCAGCAGGGUCACCAGCAGGAUUGAAACAUUGGAAUGAAAACCGCAAGCGGCCUCUGAUAGUUUUCGACGGAGCGUCGACAAAAACGGUGAUUAAAGUGCGGCGCGUCUCGGCAGAGGGAGGAGGCACCAAUCUUCCAGCCACAGAAGGAAAAGUCGCUGUCAAAAGCCCAGUGCCCAGCCUGGCCCAAGUCUCUCCCAGACUCCCGGAGCCCUCGAAUGGGGCAGUGCCCACCUCCCCGAGCUGCGUACUCUCUAAGGGUGCAAUUGCACCUGGCGGCGACGCCGUGAGCUCGGUCAAGGUGAAGAGAGUGCCGAGCGUGGACCCCAAACGCGAGGAGAAGUCGGUCGGGAGCCCCGAAGUGAAGUCAAAAAUUCAGCGCAUCAAGUGGCCCUGAUCCCCAGGGCCUGCGCUGCUCUCACACAGUAGUGUUGGGCGCUGCCGCCGCCGUGCGUACAAACCGCAAGUUUUUAUUUUCCGGCGUUUUGGGUUGUUUUCACGCAAGGCUCGCACAGGUCAUGUCCUUUGUUAUUUGUGUUCCUUUAAGAGUCCCUCGUAUGUUUUUAGCACGCAAAGGCAUUGUUAUGACAGUGGUGUUGUACAUAUAUAUGUAAGUUGGGAGGGGGGGGGUACAUCAUGUUUUUGAAGACAAAUGCUGUCCUUCAAACUCGGCCGAGCAUCGAGGCUUGUUGUUAAGCUCCACCUUGUGUGCCGACCUUCUUGAUGUUGGGAUUGGUUAAAAUUAAGCGCAAAACUCAAGGUUGUGUACUUUUCUAAUCCUGUUUGGGAGAUUAAUUUCCGUGAAACAUGGACGAAUGAACGUGUGGCUUCGACAAUGUCCACCUUGCUCCGUUUAAUGCAUACGGCGAGUCCUCGCUUCGCGCGCGACAUUCACACGCAACGCGUUUUCACUAACACGGUUCUUCCAUUAGGGAACACUUCUUGCACAACGCGGAAUGCGUACCUUAACGCGGAGCGCUCAUCGUUAUUACGCAGUUUGUAAGCGGUCGACGAUGAACUACUUUCUUGAUCUGCGCAGCCAAGCUGUGAUAGAGUAUGUGGAAUGAUUCAGUAGCGCUGUGGUGCACCCUCGGUUAAUACCGCCAUCUCACCACUUGUACGUGGUACAUCGUAUCUCGCCAAACUUAUUAUGGGGAAGUUGUUUUUUAAAAGCGUUUUUCGCUUAAUGCGCCACUUUUCAGGAACGCAUCUACCACUACCGUGUUAAACGAGGACUUGCUGUAUAAAUGCUGGCCAUGAGCGACGGAGGAAUCGCAUUCAGCUGCAAGCACGCGAGCGUUGCGACCAUGCAGGUGGACUGGUUUUAAAUUGCAGCGUGGUAGGUACUUUUUUUGUUACAUAUCCAAUGUAAUAAUGCAUGGGUGAUACGUGUACUUUGCUGUUUGGUUUCAGUGCAAUUACUUGAUUAAAUUAAUACGCUUAACAGUUUAGUCUCUCAUCUCACGCUGGUUUGCUUCCAAGUUCUACUUGUGUUAUUUGAUCUGUCCACAGUGACUGAACAUUAAACCUUUACAUCUUUG